AUGGCUACAGCUCAAGUUUCCAAGCCUGCUCCUCCUCCUAUGGACGAUCCAAAGGAGUCUCUUUUGCCUGGUGAACACACUCUUCCUGCCUCUUGGUGGACCUCCGAUAAGGUUUUUGAAUUGGAGAAGAGAGCCAUUUUCAACAAAUCCUGGUUGUUCUGUAUCCACGAAUCCAGAUUCAAGAAGCCUGGCGACUACUACACCUUCAACUUUACCGGCGUCAACUUUUUCAUUAUCAAGUCCAAGACCGACGGUAAAGUGAGAGCUUUCCACAAUGUCUGCCGUCACCGUGCCUACCCAGUUGUUCAAAAGGGGAAGGGUUCUUCUACUGUUGUUGGUUGCAAAUACCACGGCUGGUCAUAUAACUCUGAUGGUCAAUUGACUAAGGCUCCAAAUUUCGACAAUGUUGAGGGCUUUAAAAAGUCUGAAAACUCCUUGUUCCCCAUCAAGACCCACGUCACUCCACAGGGCCUUGUUUUCGUGAACUUCUGCCAGGACCCUGAGCAGUUCAUGGAAUUUGAAGAAUUCUUUGAGGGUGUCACCGAGGAGAUGAACGAGUUCGAUUUCACCGACUACGAAUACCACAUGUCCUACGAGUUGGACGGCGACUUCAACUGGAAAACCUUGAUGGACGGCUACCAAGAAUGCUACCACUGUCCUACUGCCCACCCAGGCUUGAACGCCGCCUUCAGAAUGGAAACAUAUAAGGUUGUUCCAAAAAACAGAUACUGCCGCCACUAUGCCGAGAUUGUCAGAAACGAGCCCAAACAAGAAAAGGCUCCUGAGAGCUCUGGCUGGUUUAACUUUGGAGGUAAGAAGGCUGCUCCCCCUAAAAAGGAAGAAAAGAAGAACGUUGGUGGUGAGUUCAACGGCUUGUGGGUGUACUUGUACCCAUCCAACGGUAUCAACUGCUACUCUCCAGCCUGGUACUCUAUCCGUGUUCUUCCCAUCAGUGCCACUCAAACGAAAUUGCAGUACGACAUCUACACCAAAAAAGGCCUUCCCGAGGACGAGAAGGUGCAGUUUGUGGACUUCUUGCAGUUGGUCGAAUUGGAGGACUUCCAGUUGUGUCAAUUGACGCAGAAGAACUUGAACCAGGGUAUCUAUUCCUCUGGUUUCUUGCACCCACAGAAAGAAAGAGGUGUGUUGCACUACCAGGGUCUCGUGAGAGACAUGGUGAAGGACCACUUUGCUCUUGAAGAAAAGAGAGGCGGAUUGGUGAACCCUGCAUUUUUGGGCGGCUCCACCAAUGAGAGCGUCAGAGAAUUGGAGGCUCUUUGCAACAGGCUCGAGUGUGAGAGCGGCGGCAAGGAGGUCGAGUGGUGA